AUGGCGAUCUACACUCUGCCAGAGCAGGACGUAAAGGAUUUUCUCGCUUCCUAUGAGUUGUUUGACCGGGAGCGUGUGUCCGGGAGCCAUGAUGUCCAGAACACCGUGAACUACUACAAGGUGCUGAACCACCUUUGUGCCGUGGGGGAAGUAGAGAAGAUGUACAUUCCACCCGUGGUAGAUCCGAGCCUCAGCAUCUUCGAAAACCAGUUGCUUUGGGAAGAGGCCACGGCCGACCGCCUGGGAAUCAUGCCUGGCGGUCGAGUCCUGGACCUUGGCUGUGGCCGGGGACGAGUCGCGCACCACGUGGCGAGCUACACUGGCGCCCAUGUCACCGGCCUCAACAUCGACAGGAGCCAAAUCCGCAUGGCCCAGGACUAUGCCAACGUUACGGACCUCCUGGGGAAGCAGCUGAGCUUCGUCUAUGGGAACUUCAACGACCCCUUACCUUUUGCGGACGAGACGUUCGAUGCUUUGUACCAGGUACAGGUUCUCACGUACACUGUCGAUCCCCGGAAGCUUUUUCGGGAGAUGUACCGGGUGCUAAAGCCCGGCGCCAAGCUCUCCUUCCUAGACUGGGUGCAGUUACCAGACUACAAUGAGACAGAUGCCUAUCACCUGGAGCUGCUGAAGAAAGUGAAGCCACUACUGGGGGCUGUGUGGACCCCAAAGGUGUCCGACUUCACGGGGCCUCUUCAAGAGGAAGGUUUCCACAUCCUUUCCAGCCAGGAGGCCAGCAUCACAGGGGGCCAAUAUGCCUUGAUCGAGAAGGCCCGGAGCUUCUUCGAGGCCACAGGCAUGCUCCUGCGGGCCUUGGCUAAGCUCCACCUCAUCCCGCGACAUUUCGUGACGCUUUUCGACCGCCUCACACAAGACGGUGAAGCUUUCAUGGAGUCGGACAGGCUGGGCCUUUUCACCACCAGCUGGCAAAUCGUGGCGCAGAAGCCGCCGACCGAAAGAGCAGAGGUCAACGACGCACGAUGCCUGGUUGCAAUCGCCGUGCGCGGAGCUGCUGUGCAGGCCAGCGCCGCUGGGGAGGAGCUUGCAGCACUUGGCCACAGCUCACCCCAGAUGUUGGUCCAGGACACGGACAUCGACACCACCACCUUGGAGUUUGGUCAAGAGCCUUCCAGGGAUUUCAUGCUGGGCUUCUGCGUGCUUCUUGCCGCCUCGGCAAGUCGCGCGGAGCACCCGCUCUCCCGAGGGCUGGAGGCCAGCUUGGAGGAAUAG